CUUCUCAAUGUCCCGGCCAGGAGAGAUGGAAAGGGAAGGUGCUUUGUCACCUGGCCCAGCAUACUAUUCUCCGCAGCAAAUGAAGAACUAUCUUCAAGACCUGCGCACUAAUCGCCCUGCUCGUCCCACGGGUUCUCGUCCCCCGCCUGCACACUUCAACACAUGGUCUAGCAGAACAAACGUCAGGCUGUCGGUCGACUCUUCCGUACCGCUCCUACAGAACCCUCUUAAAGAGGCCACCGUCGACGUCGAUGCCCGCCCCCACACUGCCAAUGCGCCGAAGCUACAUCGCCGAGGGAUGUCGACCACGAACAUAGACGAGAUCGCAGCAGGUCGGGGUCGCUCCCUUGUCCAGCCACCACGGAGCCGAGAUCUGUCUACUUCUCGCGAACGGACGCCGAGCGGAGAGGGCGAGCGGCGCCAGACAGGGAAAGAUGAAGUGAGCGCCGUGCAAAUAGCAAUAGAGAGCUUAGAAAUCAAGGCCGAGGAGAAGCUGUUCGAGUCUGCGCGCGAUGAAGCUGCUCAGCUGGUCUGGAAGCACCAACACCCGAACGCACCUGAGGUCAGCCCUCAUGCGCCGUAUGCCUACCCUGGCCUGGAGAAGAAGAAGGACGGUGCUCCAAGGAGUCGGAGCGUGGAGCCCAAGGAUCAGGACCAGGAUCAGGACCUCCAACGUGCCAAUUCGAAGCUGAGGAAACGGCAUUCUAUGAGCAGCGCGGCGUCGGGCAGCAGGAGCAGCAGUUUACAGAGCAACGGAGGGGGAGAUGCAACUGGUUCAGACUCGUCUGUGCCUGGCAUCGCAGGAUUCAGCACGGCCCCUACCAAGGGAAGCUUUGACAGUGCUGUCAAGGUAGAAAAGCAAUCGGCUCUUGCGAAGGCGGCGUCUGAUCUCCCAGACUUGAAGAAUCGACGAAAGAGCAGUGGUUCCAGACGGAAAGCCAGUGGAAGUCUGUUCCAGAACCCCAACGACCAAAUCUACGAGGAGCCUGAAGAGGACUUACCCCCUGCUCCUGCUCCUACGCCAGUCAUCGAAACCCCUAAACCAGAAAAGCUACCACUAGGGGUGAGACGCAACCCGUUCCUGCGAUUCCAGUCGAUCAAAGGCAAUCCCAUGACGAGAUCAAACACGGAUCCUAUCGUUGAUAUGAAGAAGUUCGAUAUCUUUGAGCUUCACAACAACGCGCCAACUCGUUCGCACAAUGCUGCAUAUACGCUGAAUCCCACCGUGUCCAAGCCAGACAAUGACGUCAAAGAAAACGAAGCUGAGGUGAAGAUGAAGGAUGGCAAGGAGAUUCGAAGUGACGAACUCCGCGCUGCUACCGGCUUUCGUCUCAAGGACCGGAGCCCGAAGUUGCCUACUCCUACUGCGGUGUCCGACGCCCCUGGCAGACCCAUCGUUUCUUUCCAGAAAGGGUGGAACGAGGUCGAGCUCAAAGAAGAGAUAUCCACUCUGCCAGAACCGACGCCGCGGCCUGUGAACAGGUUGACUGCUGGUCCUCGUUCACUUUUCAAGUCUGCUACUUCUCCUGCCGUACCGACCAUGAACAGUUUGGAAAAUUCGUCCAGCAAAGUCAGGGCUGCGUCCCCAAGUCCCUUCUCAUCGGGUGGCUUUCGUCCAAGUUCGCCGGCUCCUCCUACAAGAGUCAAUCGGACAGAGGUGCCUGUCAUUAACAUCCAAGAGGAUGCGCCAAUAAGACCGCUCUCCAGUGCCGGUUGGUCGAGGAAAGUCAACACUCCACCGCCUGCCGCGCCAUCUGUACCAACAAUAAACGUUCACCAAUCCCCUUCGACACGCUCUAAACCAGCUCCAGCGCCUCCCAUACCUACGAUUUCAGUCUCAGAGACACCUUCGAUCGCGGUCAGCGCCCCCAGCCGCCGCGGCUCAAGCGUGAAGCCGCCAUCGACAGGAUUCACACAACCUAUUCCCACCAUCUCUGUUAGCGAGACUCCCGCACCCAACAGGAACCGGCAUGUUAAGACGCCUUCUAUCACAGUCACACCCGAUAUCCCCAUGAUUUCAGUGAACGAAUCACCAGCACCUUCUCGAGGAUCCAAGGUCAAUGCACCUUCGAUUUCAGUAACCCCUUCAGUGCCAUCCAUCACUGUGGGUGGAUCGUCUGGCCCGACACGUCCACGUCCACUGCCAGACCCCAAGCUGUAUGCUUCAAAGUCCUUUGGUCCCCAAGUUAGCACCAACACCCGUCAGCACUGGACGCCAACAACAGUCCGUACAGGUGCUCUUUGCACGCAAUGCUCAUUGCCUAUCGCGGGUCGCAUUGUCUCAGCAGCCGGUUUACGGUUCCAUCCAGAGUGCUUCGCUUGUUACCAAUGCGGCGAAAAGCUCGAAUGCGUAGCCUUCUAUCCUGAGCCCGAUAACAAACACUUCGACCGCGUAGCCCGCAUCCGAGCCCGCCAGCAUGGUGCAGACCUCGAGUUCCUUCCGACGCACCCUACUCCGCAGGACAUGAUGCGCUUAGAGGAUGAAGAUGGUGUCGACGAAGCUAAGCGUUUCUUCUGCCAUCUCGACUUCCAUGAGAUGUUCUCGCCGCGCUGCAAAUCCUGCAAGACGCCCAUCGAGGGCGAAGUCAUUGUUGCGUGUGGCGCUGAGUGGCACGCUGGACACUUUUUCUGCGCGCAGUGUGGCGAUCCAUUUGAUUCCUCGACGCCGUUUGUGGAGAAGGAGGGGUAUGCGUGGUGUGUUGGAUGCCAUACAAAUCGGUAUAGCACGAAAUGCAAGGGCUGUCGAAAACCGGUGACGGAUACAGUGGUGAAGGCGCUCGGGGCGGAGUGGCAUAUUGGGUGCUUUUGCUGUGUGAUAUGUUCUGGACCUUUCGACGACGGAAGGUACUUCCUUCGAGGUGAAUCUCAGGAUCCUGUCUGUGUGAAAUGUGAGGAGAGGCGGCUGAAAGCUUGAUCGUCGCCUGUCUAGCAGUGCCUAUCCUUGAGGUAUUUUUGAACAGAGGCUGCUUGGAUGUAAGGCAGGGUUCUGUUGGUUUUGACAUGCUUGUAUACGAUGAGAACGAAAAGCACGAGGUGUUAGUUGGGAGUUUCUGUUGCACUUGGAUAUUACAUGUAGCGUAGAUCGAAAUUGGGUAGCAUGGCGCUGGUCGGUGUUUGGUGUUUCGGACAGCAUAGGUACACGGUAGCAACGAAUGAUUGGCGUAGAAGCCUCAGAACCAAGAUGCGCCGUUCUCAAUAACA